GCACAGGGAGGUGUUGGAUAAGUCAGGGGGAGUUACUCAGCAUUACAUAUACUGGGAAGACAUCUGGAAAAGUCAGAGAGAGUUACACUAGGCGAGACACAAUGGCUGUGCCUAACCUUCUGCCUGCUUUGGUAGUGCUACUGAGUAUCACGUGUUAUGAGUGCUACCCACGUGGUCGAAUCCUUGGUGGAAGUCCGUCCGUUGUAAGUUCUAGACCGUACUUGGUAUCAUUGCAAGUGGAUGGAAUCCACAUGUGCGGUGGACUACUAAUCUCUGAUGAAUGGGUGCUGAGUGCUGCACAUUGCAAACCAGACAGUGUUAAUAAGACUCUGCAAGCUGUCCUGGGGACUAACUCUCUGACCGACCCUAAAAAGUUAGUUUAUGUUAUUGACAUCCAGAUCAUGCAUCCUCUAUAUAACAAAACGACUAAACAGCAUGACUUACUUCUUCUAAAGUUACCACAAAAGGUUCCACUGAGCAAAUCAGUAAGUCCUCUACCUUACCAGAUGGAAGAUAUUCUCAUCCAACCAAACACACUUUGUCUGGUUGCUGGCUGGGGAAAAAUCAGGCGAACUGGAAGGAAGACAGAUGUCCUAAAUGAGGCAAUGGUCCCAGUGAUCAGUCCAGAGAUCUGCAACCGUCGGGACUACUACCAUGGAGAGAUAACUGCCAACAUGAUGUGUGCAGGGGACAACAGGCGGGAUUCAUGUGAGGGUGACUCUGGUGGACCUUUAAUAUGUAAUGGUGUGGCCGAGGCUAUAGUGUCUUCUGGAUCUAGCGUCUGUGGCAAUCUAAAACGUCCUGGAGUGUACACACGCAUCUAUCCCUAUAAUGUUUGGAUAGUCGAUACCAUGAGGAAUAACACUGAAUUAACCACGCCUAUUCCAACUGCAAAGUCUAACUGACAUGACAUGUUGAAUUAUAACAUAAAAUGUGCUGUUAUAAUGAAUAGCUUUUAAUAAAAAAUCUUUGCUUUGGG